GAGGCGCGCGCGGGCGAUGGCGGCGGUGGUGCUGGAGCUGCUGCUGUGCGGCGAGCUGGCGCCGGCGGAGGCGCUGCCGUGGCUGCGGGUCCAGGAUGGUGAAUUGAGUGACAAGCUUUUGGCAUAUAAUUCACAACGGAAGGAUUUUGUACCCUUCCUUCUCAAUUUUUUAAGAGAACAGACAAACCAACUGAUACCAAAUGGGCCACCUACUCCUGCAAAGACAUCAUCUGCCAAAGGGCUGAAACCAGCUGGGUGCCCUCAGAACAGGGAUGAUAGCAGCCAAACAGUAAGAAGAAUCAGCAACUCGCAGACCCCAAGAGGGACUAAAACACAGUUGUUCCCAGACACACCAAAUAGUUCCUUUAACUCAAGUGCUUCCUUUCAGUCUCCUUCACCCAGUGGCUCCUCAUUUUUCUCAAAGUUAAAUAGUGACGUAAACUGUGCAGUCUCACCUGUUAGCCCUGACCUCAGCAACAGCACGCCUCUGCGCUAUGGAGAGCGACGAUUAACUCAGAGAGCCAGCCUUGGGCAAUUCAUUGUUCAGAGCCCUGAAAACCAGUUUCAGCGACGUGCUAAGAAGAAGAAUUUCUUAGUUGCUGGUCGCCAAGGAACCAAGGACUUGGGAAGAAGCGCAGCUGAAGAGGAUGGUGCGCAGUGGAAUGCCAACAGGAGGAAUGUGGAGUUCGUCAGCACCUCUCAAACUGCUGCUCAGCUAAACAUAUAUAACCUAGAAGAAUUUCCACCAGUGGGUGCAACUGCUUUGGGAAGUAAAACAAAACCAUCAAGAAGAAUUAACCCUACUCCAGUCAGCGUAGAGCGGUUGCAGUCCAGACCCAAGAAGUGUUUUACUUCCACUCCUUUGAGUCAACCAUUGUCCUCUACGCACUCCACAGGAGCUACUUCUGAAGCACUUGGAGCUGGACCAGAGGGACUUGGCCCCAGCAUACCUUCUAGUAACUUGCAGGAAGAGCGGGAAAUGUUGAAAAUUGAAAGAUCUAAGUUGCUUCAACAGUCACCAGUCUUGGACCCAGCCACACCCAUUAAGUGUCAGUAUGGAAGAUCCUUCAGUGUUUCCUCCGACAGUAUUGCUGUAUGUGCUGAUGUAAGCAAAGUUUCUCAUAGAAAGCAGUUGGAUGUGUUGGCUCAGUUGUACUCUGCCUGCAUCUCUGGGAAUUUAGUGCCAAACAUUUUUUUGGAGCUGUUCUUUAUACUGCAGCUGUUGACAUCCAGGGGAGGAACAUCAACAGAUGAUUUGGAAGAUGGUGUGGAAUAUGCCACUGAAAGAAAAUAUGUGGAAAUGCAGUAUUUCAGAAGUGUGCAUAAUUGCAUCUAUUUUGCUGUCAGAGUUCUGGAAAGACAAUUCACGAUAAUUUCUUACUUAGAUAAAGGGACCAUAAGGCUUCUUGGUGAGAAUGACCGAAUUGGCAUGUUCUCUGCCUCAUUACGUGACCAGCUGAGCCGUGCCUAUGAGGCCUGCACUGCCCAGGUUUCACUUGCAGUGCCUUCAGUCAUACCGUCUGUUCCAUUUGAGCCUGAAACUGACAAUCGAUCUAAUUUUACCAGCGACAGGGCCUUUCAAAAUUUUAAGAAGCAAAGAGACGUCUUUUAUGAGUUGCUGCGUGAAUGGGAAGACGAGCAUGCAAAUCCUGGUUGGGAAUUUGAGAGAGCAAUGGGUCUUCGAAUCAGGAACAUGAUGAUCAAUCUAAGCACAGCGUGUAACCACAGCCACUUUGCACGAUUGUUUCAGAAACAAGUGAUAAGAAUGUGCAAAGGUACAGUUGGAACGCACAUAGGCAGAGAGCAUCCUGAUCAAGAUGUGCUGGACAUAUUUGGAACAGACAACCUUACCAAACUGAAGAGGCUACAGGAACGCUUCGUUGCUCCCCAGAAUAUUGGGGGCCCAUGUCCCCCUCCAGCUUUCUCCGGUUGCCAAGUGUUCUUCAGAGAUUUUCUUUUGUGUGCAGGGAGCCAUCAGUUGAACCAGCACUUGUCGGACACUUUGUGUCAGCAGAUUUUGGAGCUGGAUAGCAUUACGAUCCUUAGACACAAGUCUUCGGGAGGUGAGGCAGACAUGGAUGAACAGGAUGAGAAGGAACAUUUUGUCUCGGUCUUGAUGACAGCAAGAUUACUGGCUAAGUUUCUUGGUUUUCUUACCUUCCUCCCUUAUCGUACAGGAGAUCGACCAACGAGAGAAAUGCAAGAGGCUAGUAUUUCUCUGAGGAAUAAGAGCGUGCCUGUUCUAAAUAUAUACGACUUAGUGAGAAGUUCAAUUAAAAAUCGACGUACUAUUCUGACUGUACCCUGGGUAGUGGAGUUUCUUAGCAUGAUGGACCAUGUGGCACCGUUCCUGGAUUGUUACAACAAAGUGUUUACUCUCAUCUUGCAUUUAUACAGACGCUUGAUUCUAACAAGUGAACGAAAGGAACAUUACCUGAACAAGCUGCUGAUCCUUGCUGUACUGGGAUGGCUUUUCCAGAUUCCUACAGUUCCUGAAGAAAUAUUCUUCGAUGAGGAGAAGAUUGAUGAAUUUGGAAUUAACACAUUAGACCAAGGCUUAGAUUCUGUUCCAUUGGUUGACCAGCAGCUGCUCUACCUUUGUUGUCCUUAUCUGUGUGAGUUACGCAAGCUGUUGGCUUCCUAUGUAGCUGGUAAUGGGAUAAAAAAUGGAGGAUAUAUGAGAAAGAUCACACCAACUUCAGCAGAGCCUACAGUACCAGCUUUAGCACAGUCGCAGCAGAGACUCCAGGCAGAGCUGGAGGAAGCUUUUUUUCAUAAUCAACCCCCAUCACUUCGCAAAACAGUUGAGUUUGUGGCUGAACGAGUUGGAUCUAAUUGCGUGAAGCAUAUCAAGGCAACACUGGUGUCGGAGCUGGUCAGACGUGGGACGGCAAUGUUACAGAGCGAAAUGAAGGAUGAAGAGUCCAACCUGCCCAAACUGCUUGAAGCUGUUACCCAUCAGCUCUGUGAAGAAGGCAGGCAGGCAGUGGCCAAAGGCAGUGAAUUCUGCAGCAGAAAAGGGCCUGAAGCCAUUCGGGUUCUGCUUCCGGGAGAGACAUCUGCUUCGGUGCUAAGGACAGCAGAAGAUAUUGCAACCCGCCUUGCAACAGAAAAAGCUUGUACGUGGCUGUCUGCCAACACCACAGCUUUAAUUAAAAAAGAAAUGGCACUCAGCUUUGAAAGACUGAAGAAGUCUCAAACAAUGCAAUCAGCAAACGCAGCUGAGGUUUCUGGAGUGACAGAAGGUUGUCCACAAGACUGUAAACACAAUGCACCAUCUCCCUCCCAGAUAGCCAGUGAGUUUAAGGAGCUGCUGAGUAUAACAUUGGGUCCCAGGCACAGUGAUGAAACAGUGGGCCACACGGAACUUGAUAAUUUAUUAAGAAGAUUAAGCCGAACCUUGAGGUGCAGACAGUAUAUCUGUCCAGUAAUUGAACAGGCCCUUGCAAGGUACACUGUGGAGCUGGCUUCUCUAUUAAUUGCAGGAGAAGUUCCAUUAUCUGAUCCUACCAGGGAGGAUUCCAGAGAAGAAACUUCUCAUCACAGAUCUGUCCAGCAUUUGCUCAGACUGCUCCUUGCUUUGUGGAAGAACGAUUUCUGUGUCCCUGUACCCCUUCAGCUAAUGUUUAGUGAGAAGAACAUUUCUUACACAGUGUGGACGCAAAAUCAAAAGUCAUGGUGGAAUGAGCUCUCAUUCCUAAUUCACAGCCUUACUGAGUGGGGAUUGAUGAAAGCUGUGGAGAUAGAGUGUUGUUGGAGGGGCCUUUCACAGAAGCAUUGGCCCCAGGAUUUCAUCAAUGUGAUAGAAUCUGUACUUAAAAUGUGUUCAGACCUGCCAAAGACAGAUACCAUGGAAGACCAGAAGCCAAAUGAGACAAGAUAUACUGAGUAAAACAACAAGCUUGGAUUAUGAUUUAUAGGGAAAAAACAAGUCUAUUUUUGCAGUAUUUUACAAUUCAUGUGCAAUUUGUUUGGGAUGGGUAGGGGAUAUUUUAUUAAAUUUUAUCAGUGCUGCUAAAUUUAAUCAAAUAUUCAAAUGAAUAUUUUGUAGUUCACAUUGGACUAGCUAAUAAAUGGACCACUUUCUACUUGUCUAAGUAAUCUGAUGUUUGGCUGAGAUUUUGCAGUUGACAAUGAACCGUUCAUUGUUUACAGCCGGCCAGACUUUGGGCUGUCGCACAGUGGAGAGCUGUUUCUGCCCCUUCCCUGGCACGGCAGUCAGCUUGCAAACUUUUCAGAUGCAAGUCUAAAAAAAAGGUGAAAUUAGAAUAUUUAAUUUAAAAUUAUGCACUGAAAAUUGUGAUUGAAUAAGAUAAAAAUUGAGUUGGUUAUGAAGGAAUGAGAUUCUACACUUGUUACAUUUUUAGUGGAGGUUUGUUGGUCAUAAAUUAAGAUUUCCAUAUUAUUAUAAUGUUACUGACUCUUGUAAUUGAACAACCUUUUGCUGAUCUGCUUUGUAUCUUAACUUCAGACCCUUUGUUUUAAUGCCAAACUGCAGUGAGGUGCUGGCAUGGGAAAGGAGCUUCUCACUGCUCACACAAAUGAGUUACUUCCAUCUCAAAUGCCAAGCCAAUUCAUUAUAAUCAGCUUUUGAAAAACUAUUGCUCUUGCCUUUAACUCCCUGCUUCCAUUCAAAUACUCUCUAUCUAGUUGGGGGGGGGGGGGGGGGGGGGCUAAUGGACAGGAAGAGAU